AUGGGGCCCCCCCGUCUUUACAAUCCUGGUAGUGAUGAGCAGCAGCAGCAGCAGCGGCUGCAGCAGCAGCAAUCGGAUCCGCAGCUGCGCCACAGGGAGCUGCAGAGACACCAGAGGCAAUUAGAGCAGCAGCAGCAGCAGCAGGAUCUAUAUGAGCGGCAGAUGCGUAGGCAGGAAAGGGACCGGCGGCGUCUGCCGCAGCGCCUGCAGCAGCAGCAGCAGCAGCAAGGGGAGCAGCAGCAGUUUCUUUCCCCAAGAAGGCUUUGGCACCCGCAGCAGGAGCACCAACAGCAGCAGCUGUCUCCUACCUCCAAUGUACCAAGACAAUUGCAAAGAAGACAGUAUCGGCAGCAGCAGCAGCCGCAGCAGCAGCAGCAGCAGCAAGAUGGUUAUAAUUACCAGCAGCAACAGCAGCAGCAGCAGCAGCAGCAGCAGCAAGGUUCUCCCUUGUUUCAGCUCUCCCCCAGCAAUCAACCGUAUCAUUCCCCGCACUCCCCUCACUCCCCCCACCUCUACCUUCCCCACCAGCAGCAGCAACAGCAACAGCAACAGCAGCAGCAGCAGCAGCAGCAGCAGCAGCAGCAGCAGCAGCAGGAGCAAUUAAUUCACACACGUACACUGGUGGUACUGCAGCAGCAGCAGCAGCAGCAGCAGCACCAGCAGCAGCAGCAGCACCAGCAAAACCAGCAAGAUAUAGGAUGCGUUCCCUUAGGGAAACUGGAGACAUUCCUCAUCUAUGGCGAGCAGAUAAAUAUGACUAUUAUAAGUCAG